AUGUUCAAACAGCUGUCCCAACUAAGCAAGAACCUGACUGAUGAAUUGGCAAAAGGGCUAACUGAUGAAAUGAACGAGGGACAAGAACUUAUUGAUAAAAACAGUGAUUUGCCUGCCGAUAUCCAAGCACGGCUCAGAAAGUUUGACAAAUACGAGCAGAAAUACCCACUGCUUCUAAAUGCUUACAAGCUUGAGAAGUCAAAGGGUGAAAAGCUCGGAGUCUUGCUGAAAAUUUUGAGUGAAAACACUCCAAUCUCGUCCCUUGACGACUUCGAUUCGUUAACAAGCUUCUUUCAGAAUACGAACCUAAAAACGGACAUGCUGAAUGAAGAAAUCAAACGGUUGACAACCUUAAAUAAUGAACAAACGCUAGAGUUGGAAAAAUUGCGUUGUGGGAGAAAGACUUCGAAUGGCCAGGAGGACGAGAUCCCUCAAGCCAUGACACGAAAUCCUGAACAUACCGAUGAGAACUUUGAUGAGCAGAACAAAGAAAUGGUCCAAGUAAAGGAACAAAGAGAUGGCUUGAAGAAGGAAUUGGAGUUAAAAAAUGUCGAACAAAGCACAACAGCGGCUACUCUCCGUGCCCUCGAGUCGGAGACUAGAGGAUCAGCGGAUGCAACAUCCAAACUUCAACAAGACUUAUCAGAAUGUAAAAACAAGUUAGAGAACGAGAAAGAAGCCCAUCAGAAAACACUGUCAGACCUUGAGGAAUUUAAGUUACAGAAUGAUAAGAAGACCUCAGAGGUUCAACAAUUGAUUUCAAAGAGAGACGAAAUUCACACUGCGGACGUUCAACAUACUAAUGGAUCUCAAAAUGCUCAAGGGCUUGGGCGCGAUACUCAAAAUAUGGCCUCCAAAUCGAAGAAGAAAAAGCGCAGGUGCAAAAAUAACACCAUGGGAAAUAUUGAUGGCGUAAGCUCAAUCAAUUCUGACCAAAGUUCGAAGACUACAAAUUCAUUAUCGAGCGAAAAGGAAUUGAAGGAAGCACUUGAAAAUUUGGAAGUGUGUCAGAAAAAGCUUAAGGACUUGCAACAGCAAUACGACUCUAUAGUGAGCGAACACCACGACGAAGGGCAAAGAGAAACGGUCUUGCAAGACAACGAAUCAGAAAUUGAAGCAUUGCUGAAGGAGAAGGAUGAAAGUGUUCAAAAACUUCAAGAAUGCAAGAACUUGCUGAAGGAAAAAGCAGAGGAGUUAGACAGCAACAAAGACAUCUUGAAAAGCGUGGGGAAUGAACUAGUAACCGCGAAGGACAGAAUAAAAGAUUUCGAAAGUAAUAACAAAGCCGCAACUGAUGAAAUUAAGUCUCAAUUAGAGAUACUGCGUAACAAGAAUUCUGACAGCAUUAAGAAUUAUGAAAUUACUCAAAAUGAACUCAGGAAGAAAAUUUCUGCGCUGGAGAAAGAGAAGUCAAGCAUAGUUGAAGAGGCCAAUGAAGUCAAAGCAUCAUUGAAUAAAAGGAACCAGGAACAGGAAAUACUGAUGACGAAUUAUAAAAGAACAGAAGAAGCAUUUACAAAGAUGAAGAAGGAAAAUAGCUCCCUUUCUGACCAACUCAGAGAGCUGGCUACUUUGAAGCGUUCAGAAUCUACCUUGAAAAUGUCUGUUACUCAGAAAGAAAAAACCAUCGUUUAUUUGGAGCAGCAGAUCAAAGAGUAUAGCGUGAAAGAAGACCAACUGAGUAAAUCAGUCAGAGAUAUGAAAGUGGAAAAUACCAGACUCUCUACUAAAUUGACUCAAUUGAGCAAGGACAACGAAGACAUGAAAAGCAAUGUGAAAAAGAGUGAGGAAACCAUGGAAAAGUUUAUUAAAGAAAACGGAACGUUGUCAGAAAGACUGGAAGUCCUCAAAGAAAAGCACGAAACUUUGAAGGAUGUGAAAAGUGUCUCGCAUGAACAGGUAGGCGUCAUAAGACGGCAAUGCGAUGAACUGAAUAUCAAGCUCAAAGAAGCGAACAAAAAAAUUGCAUAUUUAGAAGACGAAUUGAACGAGUCCGCGCUUGCUCUACAGGAAAGAACAAAGGAAGCUUCUAGUAUGCGCCGGAUAAUUUCAGAGAGUCAAUUGACCGAGGAGACACAGAUACAAAAACUCGAGAAUAGCCUGAAAUCGGUUUCAGAGGAGAAAGAUAGAUUGGAGAACGAACUAGUACUACAAUCUGCUGUGACUAAUCGCAAUCUCCAAGAAUUGAGAGAAGCCAAUGAGGGUCUAAAAUCGCAGGUUCAGGAACUGCUUGCUAAAGAAAGAAACUUCCAAUCGGAAAUGAGUAGACUGACGGCAUUGAAAGCUGAGAUUGAAAAGACCAAAAGCGAAUCAACAAAGAGUUCGCAUGAGCUCGAAUGCGCUAUUACCGAACUGAGAGCGGGUUUAUCAACUUCGGAGAAGAAACUACGCGGAUUGGAAACAGCUAAUGAAAGUUUAAAAGAGCUAAACAACGACCUCACAAAGAAACUGGAUAGAAUAUCGAAAAACUACAAACAGGUAUCUAAUCAGUUGGCUAAUGUCAAGGAAAGAAAUAUAUCGAGGAGGCCGAGCAGGUCCAAUUCUGUUUUGUCCAUCCCGGACCGAGCCUCUGUUGAGCCCCUUUCUCGUCAUGGCUCUCAUACAGGCGAAUUGGUCAAAGAUACUCAUUCUGAUGUAAAUGAGAAGAUCGCCUACAUAAAGAAUGUUUUAUUGGGCUUUCUGGAGCACAAGGAUCAACGAGAUAUGCUUCUUCCCGUGAUGUCCACUCUCCUGCAAUUAGACAGCAAUGAUGAGAAAAGGUUGAUGCUUUCCAUCCGCUGA